GAAGUCGAACGCACCUUUCGAAUUAUGCCAUCUUGUUUUAUAGCCUUGCUGCUUGCGCACGGCACACAGCCUCCAACUACCAGAAUGUCCCACCUACAGAUGGAAGUCCACAUAGCGCGCAGCAAGCGCGUGCCUAUAAAGUGAUUUCAUUGAGUUCAAACGUCAAAAGCGGAUAUCGGCACCUAGCGACAAGAUGUCCCUCACUGUGAAAAACAUUUCUGUUAUUUACAAUCCUACCAAUCAGAGCAAUACCUUCACCAGCGGGGAUUUUAUAUCGGGACAAGUCAUUCUGGAUGUAGCGAAGGACACACAAAUGCAGUCGUUGAGUGUGAAAAUUAAAGGUAAAGCGGAGGUGUGCUGGACAGAACGUCAUGGUCAAACAACUGUUGUUUACUCGGAUAAGGAGAAGUAUUAUUCCGUGGAGAGGUUUUUCGUUAUGGAGGACAAAACACAUGGUAAUGACCAUGAGAUGCUGAACGAUCCCUCCGGACAGCCGUAUUCUUUGGUUGUUGCACCAGGGCGUCACGUUUACCCAUUCACCUUUCAGUUGCCUCAACAAAUGAAGUUUUCGGACUAUAAAGGAGAGGGCUUGAAAGUUUGGGCUGAAGUUCAGAACAAUACGUCCCGUUCAAUCAAGCCAAAAUACUGCUUGUAUGAAAAACACAGUUUUUUUGCAAAAGGCAAGAGAAGACUUCACACACAUAACCUUCUAAAAGAGGAAGGGGAACCCAUUGAGCCAAACUCAAAGAAAACUGUCACCAAAGUGCUGUCCAUUCCACCCAGCCUUGCCAUAUCUAUCCUAAACUGUAGGAUCCUCACGGUUGAGUACAGACUCAGGGUCUACCUGGAUGUACCGUAUGCCUCGGAUCCAGAGAUUAAAUUCCCAGUUGUGAUUCUUCCUCCUCAGCCUGUGUCAGGUGCCAAAAACAGUGACUUUGGAAUCUGGAAUCAACCACCAGGAAGCAAUAUGCACCCCAACCCACCUCAUAUGGCUCCACUUGCCCCACCACUUAAUGUGGUUGGACCACCUGGUCAGUUUGGAGCUCCUGGUUACCCUGGUUCUCCUCGUGUUCAAUUAGGAGCAUCUGGUUACCCUGGUCCUCCUCAUGUUCAAUUAGGAGCAUCUGGUUACCCUGGUCCUCCUCUUGGUCAGUUUGGUGCACCUGGUUUCCCUGGACCUGCUGGUCAGUUUGGUCCAAAUUCUCAUCGGUCUGACCCAUCAGCUCCACCUCCAUAUCAGGAAUAUCAAUUAUAUCCACAGUUGCCAGACCACCCUGAAAAAUCUUGA